CAUCAGAUUUUGAUUAGAUUUAGGUUUGAAUAAAUGGAAUUAAGCUAAAAGAUUCAUCUGAUUUAGAUAUGCUCUAAGCAUGACAAGUUUAAACAAUCCCAUACACGUUUAAGAAUGGUCUAUUGAUGCAUUGUAUUGCCCAAGCAAGAAGACUGUUGAUAUGGCAAGCUGAUUCAAACGAAUAGGCCUUUAACAUUCCUGUGGCUACAUACUCUAACCAGGUGAAUGACAAAUAUCCACAAUUUCCUCAAAAUGUUAGUCCAUUUUAACCAGAUAGUGAACCGUGGCUCAAGUCCCUGGUAUGGAGACCUCUGCCAUCUCUGGCCUGAAGCGAGCAGUGGUGCUGGACCAGAGCUCGCGCUUCCAGGAGUCGCUAGUGUGCUACCAGGAGGGGAUCCCGCUGCUGAUGGACGUGCUGAAAGGCAACACACACAGCCAGUUGGAGGGGAAGUACCAUGAGCAGAUCAGGAUAGCGGAGGACGCUACAGGCUAUGGCUAUGAGGCUCUGUUCAUACCCUACAGCACCGAGGGGCUCACUGAGGUCUGGGUGGAGGACCCUUACGUACGACAUAUUCACCCGAAAUAG